UUCCGAUUCCGACUCCGUUCACUCUUCCAUUCUCACCGAAUCCCCGAGGCUAUAUAUCAAGGUCAGUUGGGUCAUAAAUAAUACCGUCGUCAUGUCUUCUGCAUCUCAACCUCGUGGUCAAACGGCUUGCGAAACAUGCAGAAAAAUGAAGACCCGAUGUUCAUUGCUCUAUCGAACCACAGAAAAGUGCGAAAGGUGUCAGCGUCUGAGGCGAGAGUGUGUGGCUAAGGCAACGGGCCAAUCCAAAAGUCCAAAAAGCGGGAGGGUCUCAUCUCCAGCACCUGCGCACGAGCCUCCUGCGACGUCGUCCAGUGCCUCGGAGAUUGCCUCAGAGCAAGAUGAUGCAUUACAUCGUUGCCAGAGCCCAAAUCUCCAUCCGAGUGCUCUUUGUCUGGUCCCGAUCCUUCCGGACAUCGUAGCAGUCGGGCUUCACGACCUCGAACUCGACAAAGGUAUUGAAUGGGCGAACCAUUUUUUCCAAGGAGUGUUUGAUGUAGAGGCUUUCCGGACUCAUUUGAAUGAGGCCGCACAGGGAUUGGGAACUUCUCAUCCCUGCCUCGUCCGAUUGUGCCAUUGGGCUCUGGUUUUACGACAGCCUUGUGUUCGUCGCAUCCUAGAGGUGACGAGCAUUGCUGAGGAAUUUAUGUCGAAAAUCUUCGGGGCAUGGUUUGAUGAGGUCAAGAAGCCAACCUUGUGGACUCUCAUGGCGACGAUUAUCCUCUUGGAUGGGUUUCGAACGAUGGGGGACAUUAGAUACAAUAUUUUGGAAGUGUUGGCACACGAAAUGGUAGACGAUCCAUCUCGUUUUGAAUCAUCGGAGAGCCAGGGUCACCGGAUCGAAGAGCUUUCUUCUAUCCUUCGCUCGCAGUUCCCAAGGGCCAAUUCGACACAGGGAUUAUCAGUCACCAAGCAGGGAAAUAGUGAAGAUCGUGGUCCCAUGCUGCGCCACCCUACGGAUGUUUUCCGACCGCCGAUGCAGCGUGAUGACUCCGAUACCACAUCACCCGUGCGUCCUAACAGGCUCCGGGACCCCACCUCGGACGCGCCGGGUCCGGAUUCAUCGAACUAUUUCCCGCCACCAUCGAACCUCUCGUUCUCUUUUGGCGGUGACGUCGCAAACAUUUUUCGAUGCAUUCCUUCCAUGAAUCAAGACAGCGCCCUAAACAACGGUAGCAUCGUUCAGGGACAGGCAGCCUCCCAGUGUGUAAUCGGCAGCACUAAUUUGAGGUAUGGAUAUGGUAACAGUACCGAGCGUCGUGCUACAUUGUAGUUGUUAGCAAACGUGCCUUGGGCUAUGGGUUCGAUCUGACUCGUCUCUAAGACGCUCUACCCACUCUCCAGAUAUAGAAGUGAUACGAUCUGUACUCAUAUACAAGGCAAUCUACGCCGGCGCAUUAGCCGUAUGGUGAC